AUGACUACAUAUGAAAAGUUGGUUGAAGGUGCGACAAAGAUAAAGCUGGCUCCUCCAAAGCCGAAAUACAUUGAGCCUAUUCUUAUGGCAACAGCAGAAGGUGAAGACUCUGAUGCUUUCCAAACUGUCAUAAAAACCCUCCAAAGAAGAUUACAGGAUUCGGCAUGGACGAUUGUCUACAAGUCCCUCAUCACUUUGCAUAUUAUGGUUCGAGAAGGGGAGGAUGAUGUUACAUUGCAUUAUUUGUCUCUCCACCCAAAGAUGUUAGACUGCAAAAUCGCUAAUGGCAGCGGACACUUUAUUUCUAAUGGAGGGAGCUUGAAGACAUUAGCUGUCUAUUCAACCUACCUUGCAACGAGGGCAAAAGAAUAUUUUGAAACGAAGCAUGAUUAUAUUAGGAAACCAGAAAUCCAGUCGGAUCCUGGAUUAUCAAUAGAGAAAGGGCUUUUAAGGCAUAUAGAGAGCGUCCAACGGCAAAUUGAUGCAUUGGUUAAAUGCCGGUUCCGUGAAUCCGAGGUUAACAAUGAUUUGCUUGUUUUGGGAUUUCGGAUGCUGACCACCGACCUGCUUUCGUUAUACCAGACCUUAAAUGAGGGAGUUCUCAAUAUUUUGGAGCACUUCUUUGAGUUGAGUAAAGUUGAUGCGAAUAGAGCUUUUGAUAUAUAUACAAUGUUUACGAAGGAAACUACGAGGGUGAUAGAAUUUUUGCGUGUUGCGAAGCAUCUAGAAAGGGUUACCAAACUUAGAGUUCCAACCAUUAAGCAUGCGCAGACUAGCUUAACAAAAUCUCUCAAAGAGUAUAUUGACGAUCCAUACUUUGAGGUCAACAGAAAUCAGUAUUUGGCUGAAAAGCAGACAAAGAACAACAAAGAAGCUUCCGAUGGCAAAGAAGAAGACCAAUCCCAGGAUAAGAAGGUUGAAUCGAAAAAGAAGAAGUCUCAUGAAAAGACUCGAGCAUUAAGUCAAGGUGAGCAACUUUUUGGUGCCAAACCACAACAAGGACAAGCAGCCAGACAGGCCAUACCUGCUUCAUCUAGUGGCCUUGUUCUGCAAACCACUGGAUUCAAUCCUUUUACAAGCAUCGGUGGAUUUCAGUCCACAUCUCUUGCACCAGUUCCGGAGUAUCCUCAGCAGCAACAGCAAGUGCCUCCACCUGUGCCAAUGGCUGCACCAACUAACAUGGUUGCACCUAACACAGUGCUAAAUAGCAGUGUCACGAUGCCUGUGCUCAAUACAACCCCAAAUUACCAACAGCAAGCACCUGUCUCGAACAUCCCACCACCUUCUGCUUCCUCUGCUUUUGGAUACCUACCAAGUCAGGCAGGUCCUACAUCUCAGGUUCAGGGUUCAUUGUCAAGAGCUCAGACCACUGAUGGCGUUCCUAAUGGCAACUUGAAAAGAUCAUCCACCAAUCCCUUUGCACUUGGCUCAGUUCAGCAAAAGACUGCUUCAGGUACCAAUCCUUUUACACAGACUAGGUUUGCAGCUAAUUCAGGAAUCACUGCUAUAAGCUUCAACACUCCUUCUUCCAGACAACAGCCAUCUUCUGAAUGGAGAAGGGCAUCCACAAAUCCAUUUUCUUCUGCCUCACCAGCCUCGGCUCAAAACCAGAGUUCUGUGGUAACUCAGUAUCAGUUAAAACCCCAACCUACUGCUGGAGGCUUGGAAAAUCUACCGACUAUUCCAAUAUUUCCUGAGACCAAGAAGGUGGCCGACCAACAGCGGAAAGAAGCUAUUGCUGGUCAGGAAUUGCAGCAACAGAAAACACAAAACUUGCUUCAACAACAGCAACUGCAGCAGCAACAACAACAAUUGCAAUUACAACAACAACAACAACAACAACAACAACAACAACUGCAGCAACAACAAUUACAACAACAACAACUGCAACAACAAUCUCCUCAACGGGGAAUUUCUUCAGCCGGAUCGUAUAAUCCAUUUGCUCAAGCACAGCCCUCACAAAAUUAUAGUCAGAUUGAUGGACAAUCUACACAAGUGCCACAGAGUGGAGCUUCCAAUGUUUAUACCGGUCCAAAUUUGAUUGGAUGA